AUGAAAUGGAUGGAAGGUGCAAAACAAGGCAUUGUCGUGGCUGGUGGUCAAGGAGCAGGAAAUGAUCUUACACAAUUGUCAUCUCCUCGAGGAGUCGUUGUCGAUCAAUUGGGCACUGUCUAUGUGGCUGAUCUAGGGAAUAAUCGAAUCAUGCGUUGGCCUAAAGGAGCCACACAAGGAAGUGUCAUUGUUGGUGGAAACGGUAGUGGAGAACAAUCGAACCAACUCUGUGGGCCCAUCGGUUUGUCAUUUGAUCGACACGGGAAUCUCUAUGUCGUCGAUUGGGGAAAUCAUCGAGUUCAAAAAUUCAAUAUUCAUUUAAAUGUGUAA